AAGAAGGAAGAAGAGGGAGGGAACGGAAGCGGAGGUAGGCGGAGAGACGAGUUCGGUGCAAGGCAUCUGCGCGGAUAAUUUGGAACCGUGAAUUUCCCGAUUCAUCGAUCGAUCUCGUCCCGAGGCUAAUCCUUUUGCAGUGUUCCCCGAAGCGAGGAGUUUCUUGCGAGGAGGUCGGUCGCGGGAGUCGAGUGCCAUCGUAGCGUCUGGAGUGAGCACGCCGGCCGCAGAGAUGAGGAUUUGAGGAGUUUUGCUUAAGAGGUCGUUUGGUUGAUCAAUUGAUCGAUCGAUUGUUUAAUUGAUUGAUUGGAGUGAGUAGCGUCUGGCUCUCUCUUUCACGCGGCUUGUCCGAGAUUUGAGUCCGAUUGAGUUUUGACGAAGCGAAAGCUUUCGUGCACUGCCACGAAAAGUCGGUGGGAGUGGGGAGGUCGAGACGGGAGAGUUCGGAGAUAAGUGUGCGGUGAAUCGUUCGGAGAGUGGCGACAAUGGGAGGAGGUGCGGUGUGGAGAGGGGUUACGAGAUUGGCAAGCACGGUGACUCCGGCCGUCAGACCGGGCUCUCGAGCCACUAGCUCCUCGUGCAGUUUUUGUAAGACCAAUGCGGCGGCGCAGGCUGCGAAAGCGUCUUCUUCCAAGAUGCAUUCAUGCGCUUGCACACCCGAGACCACCCCAAAGGCCGGGUAUGUGAGCCAGGGAGCGAAGCCAAUGUGGGAUUCCGAUGAGUGGGAGUUCGCUGAGGAGGAAGACAAGAUCGAUCAUUUGGUAUUUGGGCCAAAACCGUCCCGACAAGAGGUCGAGGAGGCAUCCUCAGAACUGCAGAACGCUCUUCGUUUAGGCCUCGAAGCUCCGUCUUACGACAAUAUACAGGCCCCGACAUCAUGGGGAACCCUCUUACCGACGACGGCGGGACAGGCUGAAGGUUCUCAGCAGUCGGGAAGUCCCCUGCUCUCCCGGAAUUCCAGUAGUUCCGGAAUCACAGAGGAGAAGGACAUAGAAGAGGUUUCAAGACCUCUUCUUGCAUCGAAGCUUGCUCUGGAUUGGGUGGAACCACCUCCAAUUCGCACUGGUCAAAACGCACUGCAACCGGGAGGGAGGAGUGCAGUCCAGGAAGCUUUUCAUCAAUUUCAACACAACUCUGAAGUUCAGAAUAUGGUGGUGUCCCUUGCAAGCGAUCCGAAUGUAUGGGAUGCAGUACUUCAAAACGAGAAGAUUCAGGAAUUCAAGCGAAAGCUGCAAGGAGAUAAGGCGUUUUUCGUCGAUAAGGCAGAUAGAGUCACCGAGGUGGAAAGCGAUCCAGCGAGCGAGAGCACACCGAAUUUCUUCGAACGCUGUCAAAUAUUCUGGCGGACCCAGAUACUGCAGUUCAUGGAUGUACUUAAUGGCCUUAUCAUGAACUUGUUCAAAUCAGCUGAUAAGAAAAUCUUCGCCGAGGAAGAUGGAGACACUCUCAAUAGGACUGUCAAGUCCUGCACGAUGCUCGCUCUUGUUGUUUUGUGUGUGGUUAUUUUAAAACGUAUAUCUGUACAGGCAGCUUAGUGCUGCAAGACGAGAACUGUAAUAGCUGUAUAUUGAUUGGUACUUAGAACUUGGGCCGGAGAUUGCAAUGGACUGAAGCCGGAACUCGACGGUUAUGAAGUUUUAGAAUUUGCCGAUAUGAAUGGCGGGAAUAGAUGUAUCAAGGAGAUUCCCUUGAUUGACCACGUUCUGUAUAUAAGUUUUGAAAUCAUGAAGAGGUCCGAGAAGUCCGUUGUGACAACAUAUCGCCACAUAUCGACAUGCUGCCGUAUCUUAGCCUGCUUAUUAAUGUGGAAGGCACUAGUUUAUUGGCCGUGUAUCCGCCAAGUGAUUGGCGCUCAUAGACUACAACUUUCAAUUAGUCUCAGUGUCUCAAUUAGAAAGGGUAGUUCCCUGAGUGACAGAUUGAGUCUACUGAGCGAGCGAGGAGUCAUCGAGUGAGCGCUGCGGGCAUUCCUGCUAAAGGUGUGGAACAUUGAUCGCUCAGUUGCGAAGCACCGCCUUAACUAGUGUACAAUUUUCAUUGAGGUCUUGUCCCGUUAUUGACUCAGUCCGCAUGACCUGCCGACAGCGAAAUUUAGAAGCCUUGUACAUGGCAUUAUUUCCUUCAAAUUUCGAAUCUAUUGCGUAAGUGGGCAUGACCCUGCACCUUUAUCUGC